CCCUGGUUUUGCUUUUCUUUUUAGUUUUUUACUGUUUUUUCUUUUCGUUUUCCCUUUUUCUUUAUUUCUUAUCUCUCAGGCUCAGCCAAUGUCGUCGUCACCGGCUUUACAAAAGGUUCUCCUUUAUUGCAUCUUUAAGAGCUCCGAGUAUGGUUUACAUUCACAACCAAUAUAUAAACAUCUUCAUACAUGUCUGUUUCAUGCCUCGCUCUUCUCCUCCGCCCUGUUAAGUGAAUGACAGGACCUGUUCUUAUAAAUCGUUUGUUCAGCUUUUAAUGGGCAUUGGCUAAGGACGGCAGAAGAAGGAGCUCUGUUCUUCAAAAGAACAGGGCGUUGAUUUGGGAUGCAGGAGAUGUCCGAAUAAGACGAUAAAUAUAGGAAACAGAAUAAAACCAGAGGUUUCUCAUGAGGUCACUUUUUAGUUGCUCCAGAUUAGUAAAGAGUUCCUAUUGAUCUGGGACUACCCUUGAAGAAUAGAUUUUGGCUUAUAGAUCAAGUUAGCAAAAGGAAGAGCUUUUCUGCAACUGGACACAUGGAGUCUUCUAGCCAGACAACUGCUCGACGGAAGAAGAUGACAAAGCAAUUGACAGGGAAACGCAAUGACACCCCCCUACACACUGCUGCAAGAGGGGGACGACUAGAAGUGGCUAAAGAAAUACUCUCUGGAGCCAAAGAUGAAGAGUUGAAGGAAUUAUUGAUAAAGCAGAAUCAAUCGGGAGAAACAGCCCUGUAUGUUGCUGCUGAAUAUGGUUUUGUUGAUGUAGUUGAGGAGAUAAUCAAGUACUAUGAUAUUGUAUCUGCCAGCAUCAAAGCAAAGAAUGGCUAUGAUGCCUUCCACAUUGCUGCCAGACAAGGGGACUUGGAGGUAUUGAAGGUGCUGCUGAAGGCCCUUCCAGAGUUAUCUAUGACAGUGGAUCUAUCAAAUACUACAGCAUUGCAUACGGCCGCAGCACAAGGCCACAUUGAUGUGGUAAAUUUCCUGUUAGAGCAGGGAAGCAGCUUGGCCACGAUAGCUAGAAGCAAUGGGAAAACAGCCCUGCAUUCUGCAGCAAGAAAUGGGCACUUGGAAGUUGUGAAGGCCAUUCUAAGCAAAGAACCAUUUGUGGUGACACGGAAUGAUAAGAAGGGGCAGACGGCACUCCACAUGGCAGUGAAGGGACAGAAACUUGAGGUGGUGGAGGUGCUUAUCAAUUCAAAUACGUCUUUGAUCAACAUGGUUGAUACUAAAGGCAACACAGCAUUACAUACAGCAACCCGGAAGGGUCGAGAUAAGAUUGUAAAGAAGCUUCUAGAUCAUAAGGGUAUUGAUACCAAAGUCAUUAACAGGUCAGGUGAAACUGCCUUGGACAUAGCUGAAAUGAUUGCCAACUCUGAACUGGUCACCCUCCUCAAGGAGUAUGGUGUCCUGAGUGCAAAGGCCAUCAAACCAGAGACAACGAACCCAGCACGAGAACUGAAGCAAACAGUGAGUGACCUGAAGCAUGAGGUUCAUGACCAGCUGGAGCACACCCGCCAGACAAGGAAGCGGGUGCAAGGGAUUGCCAGGCGGCUGAACAAGAUGCAUGAAGAUGGUCUCAACAAUGCAAUAAAUUCCACAACAGUGGUUGCUGUUCUCAUUGCUACAGUUGCUUUUGCUGCCAUCUUUACUGUCCCCGGACAAUAUGUUGAUGACCCUGAAAAUAUUCCCCCUGGUCUCUCCCUUGGGGAAGCAAAUAUUUCUCAAAGGACACCAUUCGUGAUCUUCUUUCUCUUUGAUUCUGUUGCGCUCUUCAUAUCUUUGGCUGUUGUAGUGGUGCAGACUUCAGUUGUAGUCAUAGAGAGUAAAGCAAAGAAGCAGAUGAUGGCAAUUAUCAACAAGCUAAUGUGGUUGGCGUGCGUCCUUGUCUCAGUUGCAUUUUUGGCAUUAACAUUUAUAGUGGUUGGAGAACAUGAGAGAUGGUUGGCAAUUGGGGUGACAAUCAUAGGGACAACAAUUCUGGCUACAACCUUGGGAACAAUGUCCUUUUGGGUUGUGAUGCACCGCAUUAAGGCCUCAAACCAAAGGAGCAUUCGGAGGUCGUCGCUCGGCAGGUCACAGUCCUGGUCCAUGUCUUUGCUGUCAGAAACAGACCAUGAUACUAAGAUGUAUGCAAUUUGAGAACAUGCUACGCCUACGCCAUGUGUUUGUUUUUUUUCCCUUGCUUGGUGUAUAUAUAAUAUUUCUCUUCUUCUUCUUUAAUGUAUAUAUAUUCCUUUUGAUAGUGACUUCGUUGUAUAUAUAUUCCUUUGUUUCCAAAUGAACCAGUAUCUGAUUCCUGCUCUAGCAU